GCCCAUAAAGGAGGCUGCACACACACAUAUCCGUCUGGAAGGAAUUAGACAGCUGAAACAGCGGCAGAGAGACUUUUGGCCACUUCUGCGCGCUCUGUGAAACCUGGAUGCUCGGGGAGACUGGGCUGUAUAAAUACUGAUGAGCAAAAAUACAACAGUUCUGGUACAUAUUUUAUCAGUGUAGAGUUGUUGCUGGAAACUUUUUUAUUAUUUUUUUUUUUUUAAAAUCUUCUUUUGAAUGUGACUGACGCUGCCAGCGUUGAUGGCUUUUUGAAGACCUUUCAAAAUAUGAAUGAAACUGACAGAAGUUGAUGGAGAAGAAUAUUUAUCAUUUUCUCAUAGUCUACAUUUUAUUUAUACUUUUUUACAUGAAUGAUGCCAAAGUUGACUAACAUGAUGUUUGUGUCUGUGCACCAAAGAUGCAUGCGCUCCACGGCUAGUGACUGCAGACAGACUGUUAGAAGUUAAAGAGGAAAUCCGUCGUUUUUUUUAUUUUUGUUUUAGCUUCCAGCUGAAAACAGGAGGCGCACGUUUUCUUUCAUUUCUUUCUUUUUUGUCUUCUUUUAAUUAAUGAGGACCAUUUUGAGUGGAUUCAUGAAAGUCAUUACUACUCAAACUUUGUCGCUACUUCUUCUGCCUGUGGAGCGGCACCAGAGUCGACGCAGUUGACCGCAUCCUUUCUCAAGGACAGACGAGAGGACAGAAGCUGCUUCAAGAUGAAGUGUCAAAGAGUUCUCACUUACCUGAGGAUAUUUGGGACCACCAUGUUCGGGGUGUCCCUCCUGGUGGGCAUCUCCACCGCCUACAUCAUGGGCUACCAGUUUUUCACCACAGCCCGCAAUCACCUAUCCUUCGGCUUGUACGGCGCCAUCUUGGUCGUCCACCUCAUCAUCCAGAGCCUGUUUGCACUCUUAGAACACCGAAACAUGCGGCGAUCCUUGGAGACGCCGAUCAAACUGAACAAAUCCCUGGCGCUGUGCAUCGCGGCGUACCAAGAGGACCCGAACUACCUGAGAAAAUGCCUGGUGUCGGUGAAGAGGCUGACUUACCCGGGGAUCAAGGUGAUCAUGGUGAUCGACGGGAACUCGGACGACGACCUGUACAUGAUGGAUAUUUUUAAAGAGAUCAUGGGAUGGGACAAAUCGGCAACGUACGUGUGGAGGAGUAAUUACCACAGCAGAGGGCCGGAGGAGACGGAUGAGAGCUACGCCGAGAGCCUUCAGCAGAUCUCCAGGCUGGUGCUGGGCAACAAGUGUGUGUGCAUCAUGCAGAAAUGGGGAGGGAAGAGAGAGGUCAUGUAUACGGCCUUCAAAGCACUGGGGAGGAGCGUGGACUAUGUGCAGGUGUGCGACUCUGACACUAUGCUGGACCCGGCAUCAUCAGUGGAGAUGGUGAAGGUUCUGGAGGAGGACCCAAUGGUGGGAGGCGUCGGAGGAGACGUACAGAUCCUAAACAAAUAUGAGUCAUGGGUUUCCUUCCUGAGCAGUGUACGGUACUGGAUGGCCUUCAACAUUGAGCGGGCAUGCCAGUCUUACUUCGGCUGCGUUCAGUGCAUCAGUGGACCGUUAGGAAUGUACCGAAACUCCCUCCUGCACGAGUUUGUUGAGGACUGGUACAAUCAGACCUUCAUGGGAUCCCACUGCAGUUUUGGGGAUGACCGUCAUCUCACAAACAGAGUUCUUAGCCUCGGGUAUGCAACCAAAUACACUGCACGCUCAAAGUGCCUUACAGAGACGCCGAUUACGUAUCUGCGGUGGCUCAAUCAACAGACUCGAUGGAGUAAGUCAUAUUUUAGAGAAUGGCUCUACAACUCCAUGUGGUUCCACAAGCACCAUCUAUGGAUGACUUAUGAGGCCGUGAUCACCGGCUUCUUCCCAUUUUUUCUCAUCGCCACUGCGAUCCAACUCUUCUACCAGGGUAGGCUAUGGAAUAUUCUGUUGUUCUUACUCAUCGUGCAAGCAGUGGCACUGAUUAAGUCGUCAUUCGCAAGCUGCCUCAGAGGUAACAUAGUCAUGGUGUUCAUGUCGUUCUAUUCUGUACUGUAUAUGUCUAGCCUGUUACCAGCCAAAAUGUUUGCGAUAGCAACAAUCAACAAGUCUGGAUGGGGGACAUCUGGGAGGAAAACAAUUGUGGUGAACUUCAUCGGCCUGAUUCCAAUAUCGGUCUGGUUCACCAUCCUCUUCAUUGGGAUUAUAUACACAAUAAUAUUACAGACUAGAAGACCCUUUCCCGAAUCGGAGAAGCUUGUUCUAAUCAUAGGGGCAGUCGUGUAUGCCAGUUACUGGGUCAUACUGUUGACAUUGUAUACAGUGCUCAUAAACAAGUGUGGGAAGAGGAAGAAGGAAACACACUAUGAUAUGGUGCUGGACGUAUGACUUACAGACUACGGUCUUCCUUUACCACUGAACUCUCUUGGGUUGCCCUCACAUUGUUGUUGGUAUUUAAAGGUUUUGCAGGUGCAGAGCAGCUCUGGAGGCAAAAUCGGCUGAGUUCAACCAAAAUGGGAAAAGAACGAGAGGUUUUUUGUUUAUUUUUUUUUUAACUUGAAUGGUAAACGCAUAUAAACAGCAGUGACUGUGACCAUAACAUUCAUGACCUGCGUGUUCGUUAGUUAAUUUUACCUAGAUUUGCUUAAUCUAAGAUGUUCAGCCAAAGGUCAACUCAUCGAGGCUGACUAGCUAAGUCAGAAUGUCAAGAUUACCAAUAUUACAGUUGGCAGCGAGAGUGCUAGGCUUUGUAAUAUUAGCUACCUCUUACCCAUGUCAUUUUCACUGGGCUUCAGUCUAACAUUCGUAACUUUGGUAAAAAAAACUGUGGAUUUUAGCUUCCUCCAUUGGGGUUUAACUUCACCUGUAUGAAUAUUUUACCUCCAGAGCACCAUUGCGUCUAUAAGUAUGCGCACCUCAACUAAAAAUCUAUGUGUUGCACCCACUACAGGGAAGCCAUUUGAAAAGGCCUACCGAGGUUACUCCACUAAAUGACUGCAUCACAUUGUUGGUUGCAUCAGAAACAGUUAAAGGUGCUGAUAGAGGCUAUCAUCAGCAGCAUGCCAUUAGUUUAAUAGUGGAUAUUCAGUGAGGAUCUAAUGAAUAGCUGAGGUGCCCACUCUAACGUGAAAAAACAAAAUAGAAAUACACCUGUCUCAGCAUUAAAAGUUUCGGGGGCAAUGCAUGGGCAUACCUUUUUAGUGUUUAUAUCUGUUUUGGGAAGAACUUUCAAUAUCAAAGGAUGGAGGGGUGCCGAAAGGGCUUUAAAAAUGGAGAGCUGCUCACUUUCUUGCAUUGCACCCAUGUCAUAUGGGAAAUACAUGAACUUCCCUGUACUCUUCGCCUGUUAAUCAUCAGGCAGUAAACAACACAUCUGGAAUUGGUACAAAAAAAAUCAGAUAACCGGCCUACCUUGCCUCUGAUGCCAGCAACAAGAAAGCACUUGUCACGUACUCUGUGGAAUUCUUAUUUCAACAGGUUGUAACCUAAGUGUGACUCCUACCAUCCCUCUACUCUGUACAGCUAAGUUGUGACAAGUUGCAAUGCUUGAGUUUAAAAUUAAAUCAAAUAGGUCACUCACACGCUGAAUGUGUGUUCGUGAAUGUGAAACCAUCAUACCAUACAAACAUGUUUGCUGUUAUUCCCAUAUGACAUGUCUGCGUGAUUUUCCUCAUCGUUUACAAAGUGAAGAAUCUCAGACUGAUCGCUGACUGGUAGAUGUAAUCUCCACUUGAUCAGGUGAACAUGUGACCACAAGAGAAGGGGGGUGUAUCAUUGCUGCUGUGACUGUGUUGUUUUUACAGGAACAAUGAGUUUUGUGUUUCUCCUUUUUGUUAUAUGAAUCGUGGGUGUAUGUUGCAAAAGUGUUGUUGUUUUUUUAACACUAUUAUUGUUAAUGUAUUUCUUUCUACCAAGUUGAAUGAUAACCACCAAGCAGACAAGGUGGACGUGUUCCAAUCCAAAGACAUUGUGAUUUUUACCUUUCAUGCUGUAUGCCCUUCACUCUGUUCCGUUCUUCUCAUAUUGCAUCAGUGUGGCUACAUUACUUCUAGCUAUGUUGAAAAAUACAGGUGAAAGACUGAAUGAGAGAAAAUGAUGCCACAAUAUGAGAAAAAGAACUACCUGAGAAUAGGAACUUGAUUAAGGGCACUUGAUGGAAGGAACAGCAUUGUGGACUGAAGCAAGUCUGGUGUUUGCUACAGACCAGGAGCAGACAUGAGUUUAAAGGGAUAGCUUGGAUACUUUAAAGUGGGGUUGUAAGCGGUACUUACCCAUAGUUAGUGUAUUACCUAGAGUAGAUGGUGACUGGCAAGCUCCCAGUUUUUAGAUAGAAGUGCCAACAAAACCAAGCAUUGAACUGAAAAAGAAUCAGUAUCAAACAGGAAAGUAGUAAGAAUUGUAAUUUUACUUAACAGAACAUGGAAUUUAACAUUGGUGUUUAAAUCUAUGACAACAUUUGUGUCUUAAAAACACCAAAGUCACAGACAGUAAAUACUAGUAGCAGGCCAGCCGUGUUCAACGAUGUAAAUUUGCAAUAGUUUGCAGUGUAAAAGCAGUAUGGAGUAUGAUGACUUUGUAAAGAGUGUUGAUCAAUAUACACACUCUAAAUGGGGCGUACACUUGAACUGAUACCGAUUUAUUUAAGUUGUCCCCUCUGCAUCCACAAACUAAGAGCAUCAACUAUGGAUAAGCACCUCAUCCCACUCCAUUUCAAAGAAACUGAACUACCCUUAAAUUCUUAACGCACUUUUAUAUAUCUCCCGUCAUCCAGCAUCAUGCUUGACGUAAUCGAGAUGAAAUACCUCAGUGGUUCUCUUUGCAUUGCAUCAAGGCGUCAGGGUGCCGCUCAGAGACUGACGCAUCGUGACGGUCUCAAGUUAAUUUAUGAUCUGUUUGUGAUAUCAGAUAUGAAGGUGUCCUUUUUAUACACAGCUCCUUCCUAAGUAAAAGCUGGACUUCUCUGCCUUGUCGGCCCUUUGCUGUAGCCGUUUACUUCUUUUUACUUUGUAUUUUUUAAUGAAUUUUUAUAUACAUAGACAUUUUUAUUCUAUUUUUGCUUAGCUACCAAAGAUUUUUUUUUUUUAAUUUUAAGUUUCAUUCAUGUUUUUAUAAGAAAAAAUGGAAAAAAGUGUAUUUGUUGUGUUUCCAACUGCUCUGACAGUUACUUGUAUAUCUGACCAAAUAAUGUGAAAUGAUGAGCUGGUAAUUUUCAACACAAAAAAUGCAAUUGGUAGGGAUAAGUUAUUGAUUUCAAGAGAAAUUGCAAGAGUUGAACCUGUGUUUUUGUACUUUGUACCUAGUUAGGAAACCAGCAUAUUUAUUUAAGACCAUUCUGUGGUUUAUAGGAGACUGUAUUCAUGUAAAACCCAUAAGGUUCCAUAUGUCUACACUGCAAAAACAAUAAAUACAUUCAGAAAUGAUCUUUAAUGUAAACCACAUGUGAACAUGAUUGUUACAGUUUUUUUUUUCUUCUUGAAACUAUGUAUAUGAAGUUGUGCCUUAAUUAAAAGGAGGCUGAAGAUUUUCUACGCAAAAAAACAUUCAGAAACAUUUGCACAAAUAUGUAAUAGUCUGCAAAUUUUGUAUAAGUUGUGAGGUGCCUUAAUAAGCAAUGAAAUGAGUGACAUUUUAUGCCGUUUUAAUUUUUUUUGGUAUUAUUUCAAGGUGUAAUAAGUGACUGACAGCUGAACUAUGUCAAACUAGUCAUGGGCAGUAUUAUCAUAAAGCACUUUUGUGUUGUGCCAAAUAAAAACAACCAUUGUUUUAA